UGCGGGCACCGAGUCGUCUGGCAAGACUGUGGGCACCGAGUCGUCUGGCGGAACAGCGGGCAUCGAGUCAACUGGCGGAACAGCGGGCACAUCGAGUCAACUGGCGGAACAGCGGGCACCGAGUCGUCUGGCAAGACUGCGGGCACCGAGUCGUCUGGCAAGACUGCGGGCACCGAGUCGUCUGGCAAGACUGCGGGCACCGAGUCGUCUGGCAUUGGAUCGUCUGGCUCGACAGCGGGCAUCGGGUCACCAGGCAUCAGGUCAUUUGGCUCGCCAGCGGGCACCGCGUCAUCUGGCAAGGCAGUGGGCACCGAGUCACCAGGUACGACAGCGGGCUCUGAGUCAAUUGGCACGACAGCGGGAACCGGAUCAGGUACCGGAUCAUCUGGAUCAACAGCGGGCAUCGAGUCAAAUGGC